AUGGGUUUAUCUCCAAUUCGAUUGCAGCCAUGUGUUGUCGAGGUUCCUGAAGGAAAUGGUUCAGGAGUAAUUUGGGAUGAACAAGGACAUAUAGUUACAAACUAUCAUGUUGUUGGCAACGCUCUUUCAAGAAAUCCUUCCCCUGGUCAAGUUGUUGCCCGAGUCAAUAUUCUUGCGUCUGAUGGGGUGAAAAAGAACUUUGAGGGAAAGCUAAUUGGUGCAGACCGUGAGAAAGAUCUCGCCGUUUUACAGGUUGAAGCCGCUAAAGAUCUUAUGAGGCCAAUUAAGGUGGGACAGUCUUCUGAUCUAAAAGUUGGCCAGCAGUGUUUAGCGAUCGGAAACCCAUUUGGAUUUGAUCACACUCUGACAGUUGUAGUUAUUAGUGGACUAAAUAGAGAAAUUAACAGCCAAGCUGGAGUUACAAUCAGUGGCGGAAUUCAGACAGAUGCAGCCAUCAAUCCUGGUAACAGCGGAGGCCCCCUACUCGACUCUAAAGGAAAUUUAAUUGGGAUUAACACUACAAUAUAUACUCAAACAAGUGGAAAAGUUCAAGUAGCAGUAGUAAACCCUGAAAGUAAUGCCGAUCGAAUGACCUGA